AUGGAAUUUUCUAAGUCCAGCUUUUUUGAUGACCUUGAAGAUGACACAAAAGCACAAAAUUGAACCUUCAAUAACUCAAAUGUAGGAGGUGAGCUAAGAGUUGGAAAUAAAAGGAGUCGAGAAAGCACAGCCAUCAACGAGAGCGAAAAUACAUUUUGGGAAUUAGGAUUAUCAAAGCCACUAAUAAGGGCUUGUGAAGAAAUGGGGUUUACAUGUCCAACGAAAAUCCAAGAACAAUCAAUACCAGAAGUGUUGAAAGGAAAAGACGUAAUUUUGUGUGCUCAAACAGGGUCAGGUAAAACAGCUGCAUUUGGUUUGCCGAUUCUAAGCAAGCUGCUUAGUAGUAGAGUACGAUUUACCACAAAGGUACUCGUAUUAAGUCCAACUCGAGAAUUAAGCCAGCAAACACAUUCUAUGAUAAAAAGUUUUGCUAGCUCUUCUCUGUCCGCGAGCAAAUAAAAAAAUUUUGUUCGUUCCAGACAGGGGUUAAUUAAAAAUUUUAUAUAUAAAUUUUAUUACAAUUUUUUUUUUUAAAAAUCCCAAUUGGAAACAAAUAUUAAUUUAAUUUUGGAAAAUUUAUGUCUUAAAAUUAUACUAAUUUAUCACUUAUAUACGAUGACGCCCCCCUCAAUCUUCAUGUCUACUGCAACAAAAAUUUUUCGAAAAAAUUUUCAUGCCUACUGCAACACAACAUUUUUAUAAAAAAAAAUUAAUGCAUUUUUCUCUAGGUGAGUUUCUCAAAAACCCCAUAAAACAGCGCUGCUGUAGGCGUGUCAAUGACCUUCUCAUCGAGAUUUGGACGGCUAUUGUCAUUGCUCGCCAUUUUAUUAAACUUAUCUAGCUAAAAAGUACAGAAAAAUUUAAGAUGCGCAUCUAAAAUUUGCUGCAAGAGGAUUAUUAUAGACAGGCGCUAGCCAUAUUGGUGGCACAGUCACCAAAGACCUCCCGUGCAGAUGGUUCUACCGCUUUUCGAUUCCAGCCCAGAGGGUCUAUUCCUCUUACGAGUGCCCUUCUGGUACCUUCUGUCUCCUCCUUGCCUUGCGGCUUCAGUCUUGAGUGGGCGGCUUAUGGAUUUCUGCGUCCCUGCUACGGGCAAUUGGAGUAGCUUGAUUCCAAGGAUCCUUAGAGUCUAUCGGGUGUCAAAGUACCUUCCUUCUACAGCUACACGAAAAAGACUGUUCCCCUGUGGCCUGAGCAAAAACCCCAGUUUCUCGGUAGAGGAAUGCCCAUGGGUCCUCGGAUCAAAAGGACGUUGUUGAGCUAAUCUAUUUCCAACCACAGGAAAGCAGCCAAAAUCUGCCCGGAUAUACACUUCUUGAGUCUGCGUCUGAUUCUCGGCUCGGGGUCCGUCCCAGUUCGCAUUAGCCAUAAGGUCUGGAAUGCUGCGCCAAGAGGGCAGGCUGACACGUGUCGCCAUUUUAAUAUAUAUAAUUUGUUGCAAGAGACAUGAAAAAUUAUUAUUUUUUUUAUAUAUAAUUUGUUUCAAGAGACAUGAAAAUUAUUAUUUUUUUAUAUAAAAUUUUUAUAUUAAAAAAUUGCAUUUUUGUUGCAAUAGACAUGAAGAUUGAGGGGGGGGUCAUCGUUAUAUCAAAAUAUUUUUUCAUAAAAAAUUUUUUUAUAUUAAAAACAUUUUUGUUUUCUCUCUUAUAGAGAGUUGAGUUUUGAGCAAAAAUAGGGAUUUUUCCAAUGGUUUUGUUCGCUCAUUAAGGAGGGAGGAAGUUUACUAAACUAAAUUGCCAAGUAGUAAUGGGAGGGGCAAGCUCAACAAAAGAAGCUAAUUUGCUGCAGGAAAUGCCAGAAAUAGUUAUAGGAACUCCAGGAAAAAUUCUCGACCAUAUAAACAACACAAAAGAGCUUAUAUGUGAAAAUAUCGAAUUUCUUGUCCUUGACGAGGCUGACAGAUUACUUGACAUGGGCUUUAUUAAAGAAAUCAAUGAAAUCAUUGAUAAACUUCCAAGCACCAGGCAAACAAUUUUAGCCUCUGCAACCAUGAAUGACAGCGUUAAAGGUCUAUCAAAGCUGGCUUUGAAAUCUGCUGUAAAAAUAGGGAAAUCCGGAGUUCCAGACACUUUAGACCAAAAAAUUGUAAGAAUUAAAGAUGAGAUGAAUAGAGAAGCAGUUGUUUUAUAUCUACUAAAUCACGAAACUCCCAAAGACGUCAUUGUUUUUGUAAAAACAAAAAAAGAAUGCCACAGACUGCAUCUGAUUUUGCAAGUCUUAGGGAAAAAAUCAGGAGAGCUUCAUGGUAAUUUGACACAAUUGCAAAGACUGAGUGCUGUGAAUGACUUCCAAAAUGGUGAUAUUGAUAUCUUAAUAACAACUGAUCUUGCUGCCAGAGGGCUUGAUUUGCCUGUGAAAGCUGUGAUUAAUAUGAAUAUUCCUAGAGAAAUUCAAAGGCUUCUGCAUAGAAUUGGAAGGACUGCAAGAGCUGGGUUGAGUGGGAUAAGCAUUAGCCUUUGCACACCAAAUGAGAGAUCACAGUUGAGAAAAGCUGUCAAACAGUCUAUACCGUCUAUUACACUAAAUCAAGAACUACUAGAAAAAGCUCAUGAUGAAAUUAGUAAAGCAAACAGUGAAGCCAAACAAAUGCUUCAUGAAGAGGAAAUGAAGAAAAUCGAGCUAAAAAGAGAAAAUGAAGUGAAUAAAGAAAAGAAAGGGAAAAAGCCUAUAAAAUUCAGAGAGAGCAGCAAGGAAAUAGCGAAGACCGAAGAAAAAAGUGAAUUGGCAAAUAAAAUAAAGCGGCAUAAGCUUAUGGCAAGCUUAAAAAAAAGAAUUUCAGACGAAAAUAAUUCUUAA